AUGGGCGUGCCCCUGGCUCUCCCCUUAAAGCCCUUGGCCCUUAGAAGGGGAUCCCCUCGGAAGGAGCUGGCGAAGGCCUACCCGCGAGGAUCUGCCGGGCGAGCCAGGCUGCACGUGCCCGCCCGCGCGGUUGAGGAAGGACUGGAAGGGCGGCGCCCAGCUUCCAUCCCCCCGGGGGAGGCUGGCAAGGCCGGGGCGGGGCUGGAGCGGAGUUGUGAGAAGCAAAGCGCGUGCCAACCCCUUGACACUGACCCCUCGUGUUCUGAUCAUCUAGAACUGCAAGUUUCCGCUUCGGGUGGCACGGAAGAUGUUGGCAAUUUGUUGGAGAAUCAUUUCUCUGCCGGAGACGCAAGUCUAGAGGAGAAAGAAAGGGCGCUUCGGUCAGAGGCGGCCCCUGGAGAGACGCGCCCGCUCCUUCAUCCCACAGAAGGCGGGGAGGAUGGGAGCUCGGAGAAGACAGCCGCCGACGGUCUGGGCUCGGGUCCCGAUCCCGAUCCCGAUCCCGAAGCCAGCCUCUCCAACGCCUCGGCCUCCGAGUCUGCUGCCCCGGGGGAACAUGUGGGGCCCGUGGCGGAAGAUGCGGGCCCGCCGGGAGCAGCGAGCGCCCUUCCCCCAGGAGGGGAGGGGGAGCCCGGGGAGGAGGCAGGGGCGCGGGAGCUCAGCUCCGGAGAGGGCCCAGGACAGGAGGCGGAGGGGCCGGCUGGGAGCGGCGAGGUCCCCGAGGAAGCUGCAGACGCGCUAGGGGAAGACCCCGCGCAGGGAGCAGCGGCGGGGUCCCCAGAGACUGAGGACGCAGGGGACUCUCCCAGCCCGGAGGUCGAGACAGGAGGGGAGGGCAGCCCAGGGCCCGGUCAGGAGCCAGAAGUGCCUGAUGGAGCCGCGGAUGUGGACGCAGAAGCCGCGCAGAGGACGGAGGACCAGGCGGAACCCAGCUUCAGCUCGGCCGCGGCCGCGGAAGACGCUGCCGCGCGCGAAGAGGAGGGGGGCUCCCGGGAGCACCGCCCCGCGGAGGGGAUACCCGCGGAGCACCCGGACGAGGCCUCCUCUGAAGAAGAGGGGGGUGAAGAAUCCGAAGAGGAGAGCGGCGACGAAGAGGAGAGCGGCGACGGGGCUAGUUCGGAAGAAGCCGGGGGCGCCUCGGAGGAGGAGGAAGCCGAGAAAGAAGCUGGGGAAGGAGCCCACGCGGCGGCGGGAAGCGCGAGCCCCGGGGAGGAGGGGUCCCCGGAGGAAUCGCCCGAGGGUGCCGACGCGCAGGAGCCCAAGGAGGAGGGGCCACAGGGUAGGGGGCGUCCCAGGGCUGCCCACCUCCCCCCGCCCGCCGGGCACCUCGACGGAGGGGGCUGCUUCGGGCAUUCUGGCGGCUGCAGUCUUCCCGGAGGUCUUAAGAGGCGGAGGAUGUGA